AUGAUAUUUGAUUUGAUAACGUGGGUUGAAAGCGGCAUGACCAAUGAAUGAAUGACCGUGGGACGAAUCAGAGAUAGCGGGUGAUAUUUUCAUAGGUGAUACCGCAAAAUAUUGGUGAUAAAACGCUGGAAUAUCAGCUCACGCACUGCAUUGUAUCUGCUUUUGCUACAUUUACAAUUUCUGUGUAGAAAGAAAUGACUACAGUCAGCGAGGAAGGGAAGGACCGAGUCAUAUUUGUUACCAAGGAAGAACAUGAAAUUCCUAGCACUGUGAAACUGAAUGAGGAGGAUCCAGAUGAGGACCAUGAAGAAAAAGGUCUCAUAUUGCCGAGUGGUGAGAUAAAUUGGGACUGUCCGUGUUUAGGGGGGAUGGCAAGUGGAGCGUGUGGCGAGCAGUUUAAGACUGCAUUCACCUGCUUCCACUUUAGUCAAGAAGAGGUGAAGGGUUUGGACUGUCUGGAGCAGUUCAGCAGCAUGCAGGAGUGUUUUCGGCAUCAUCCUGAACUCUUCCCUCAGGAAGAUGAUCUUCAAAAUGCCAAUCCUGGAUCAAACGCAGAACAAAAAGACUCUCCUUCCAUCUCUGACUUCAGCACAAGCAAAGAGUCUGACCCUCUGUCCACUGACACGAAUGAUAUGCCUUCACAGCUGCGCGUAGCUAGUUAAAAUUGGAAAGCAACUGAUUUCCAUCUCUAUUUCCACUUUUUUUGUUUUACUUUAAUCUAUUUAUAUCUGUUUUUAAGAUGAGACAUAAAGGAAACAGGGACACUGAAUAAAUGCAGAAAGUAACAAUAUAUGGACUAUAUAUUUUUCCAAUACAUUUUUGAUAUCCUAAAAUAUAUAAUGUGAUAUCUUAAAAAAUGGUAAGACAUACAGAAAAAGGAUCCAUAUAUAGGAUGGAUGUUUUGUUGAACUCUGUCUUAUAGUGUGUUCAGAAAAAUAUCAACUUCAUGUUUAUAAAUUUUGUGUUCUUUUUUCUUUUCUUUUUUAUACUCCUUUUUCAUUCUUGUUCUGUUUUGUUCCUAUAAUCACCUUAAUCCAAGUGUAACUUUGUUACAUAUUGACAUGUGACAGUGUGUGAAUUAAAGUCCACUGAGAUUUACUGUAUUUAAGUGUAAAAUGUGAGAUCAUAUUUUGAUGAAAUGUUAUAAACUCAUCAAUUUGAUAUUGUUUGGUCAUUUAAGUAUAUAUGUAGAGAACUGUGUGCUGCUUUAGUCAAACAGUAUCAAAGUAAUUUAAGGGAGGUUAAUGAAUCACCUUUCACACUGGGUCCAAAAGUUUGAGAUUACAUAAAAAGUUGAAAUUUAAAAUCUUUGAUUCAAAACAUAUGUAUUCCACAUGACAUAUUAAAUGAAGUCAUACCGAUUUGGAAUGACAUGAGGCUGAGUAAAUGGUGACAGAAUUUUUUGGGUGAAAAAAAAAAUUCUCAGUUUUAGAAAAUUCUGUCAGUCAAGGCUCUACUUACAUAAUUAAAUGAGAUAUGUAAAAAAAAA